AUGAAUAUAUUACCUCCACUACACARAGAAAAAAGUARCUCCAACAAAUCAUUCAAGAAAUUCGCUAAAACAAUAAGAACUCAAACACGCUGGAUACAAAGCAAUCUUGCCGAUGUUAACGAAACGAAGUUCUUUCAAAGCAGCAUCACUAGCCGUAGGGAAAGCGUACAACCAAGCUUUAACCUCAAUGCGUUCAAAUCCCACGUGUGUCCUGGCAAUGUGGGUAGUACAGCAAGAAGUCACCUAGUAAAGCCACCGUGGAUGAGAACAACAUCUGAUCUCAAAGUACUCGCGUCAAUCAUCGAUAAACUCAAGUCAUUUGCACGCUACCCACAAACAGUCAGAGAGCAGCUCUGUAAAGUUCUCUAUUAUGAAUGUUUUGAAGAUGGACGUAUCRUAGUGAGACAAGGAGAUGCCGGAUAYUCGUUYUACUUUAUUCUAAGUGGUGGUGUGUCAGUCGAAGUCAAUGAAAGAGAUGAGAAGACAGGCCAGCUUAUCACCCAGGUCGUCAAUGAAAUGUAUGCUGGGGAUAUGUUUGGAGAAGUUUCUUUAUUACACAACAUCCAACGCACAGCUACAAUCAUCUGUAAAGGACAGACUGAAUUCCUGAGAAUUGAUAAACCUGACUUUGAUAUGGUUCUCAAGUCUAGUUAUCAGCAAGAGUACAACGAAAGGCUUGACUAUCUUAGUUCUCUUCCUGAGUUUGAUGACUUUUCACAGAAGGAAUUACAACAAUUAAUGGCAAAAUGUAAAUUCGUUGAGCAUGCGCACAACAAGGUAAGAUCUAGAAGGCUUUUCUUUUAA